GACGUGAAAGCAAUGAGAAUAAUAUUGGCACGGCAGUCGUGUGCGUCUGUAUCAUGGUCUGUAUGCAUUUCCAUGUGAAAGUUUAGGCAGAUAUGAGCGAAAUUUAAAUAAUUAUUUUUGUCCUGAGCCAAUGCCUGCUAUGACUAUGCCUUCAGUACUUUUGGCUGACUCAAUCGCUGUUGAGCUUGGCGCUAACCAGCCGUGGCCUGACGAUGCUAAAGUAUUUCAGUCUUUUGAAAAGUAUCAAGUACUUUUACCGGAAAGUGCGAGUUCGUUAGGCGUCCAAACAUUCCUUCGGAUGGCCGGCCUUGACCAUGAAGUGGAAAUGCGCCCCAACGUCGAGAGCAUUUCGCCGUCAGGUAAUGUGCCGGUGCUCAAAUGUGGGCCGUUUGUCAUUGCCGAAAUGGACCCCAUCGUCGCAUUUGUUAAUACAAAGGGCAUUCAGCUCACCCAGAACUUGUCUGUGCAACAGAAGGCUGACAUAAGGGCCUACAUGUCCUUAAUCAACACAGUGUUGGUGAAUGCUGAGCUUUACAUCUGUUGGGCCAAUGAUGAAACUUACUACGAGGUGACAAAACCACGGUAUGGUUCGGUGUACCCGUGGCCCCUCAACCACAUUCUGCCGUUCCGAAAGAGACGACAAAUUCUGGCCAAGCUCUCUGUUUCUGAGUGGAGCGAAAAGUCGUUGGAAGAGGUGUUUGAAGAAGUGCAGUCAUGUUGUGCUGCGCUGUCUGAACGCCUGGGCCAGAGCAAUUACUUCUUUGGUGACAAGCCAACUGAAUUGGAUGCUUUGACCUUUGGUCACCUGUUUUGCCUGAUGACGACUGAUCUUGUUGACGGUCGGCUGGGCCAGAUUGUCAGCGGAUUCAGCAACCUGGUUGACCUGUGUCAUCGAGUUGAAUCUCAGUACUUUGCAGAUUCCUAGCAUGCAUUUUAAUAGCACAACACUGUGAUCGGGUUUUCACUGCUGCUAAUGUCUUGAUCUUCAGUAGAAUUACUGAAGGAGGCUUUGUACACACAUUUCUGUUGUGCUGCACUCUUCCUCCUCUUCUGAAAAUUAAUGAGGUGGUGACGAGCAGUAUUUCAUGAUGUAACUCCUUGAUGUAACGCAUGAUGUAAUAAAUAAAAAGAUAAAUUGUUGAUG